AUGGGCAAUUGCAAUAAUACUCGUGAUCUAAAUGCAGGUGAAAUUAAAUGUAAAUGCACUCUUUUUACUCUAGUGCCGAAUAAAUGCGAUUAUACUUUUUUGUAUGUCAUUGGAAGAGGUGGAUUUGGAAGAGUCUGGAGAGCUGAACAUAAGAAAACCAAACAUCAAUUUGCUAUCAAAGAAAUGUAGAAAUGCAAGUAUUGUUAUUUGCAAUGCUUAUAAUAGAAUUAUUAAUAAAAAAAGUAUUGGUUCUGUGAUGAAUGAGCGAUACUUAUUAAGCAAUCUCAGACAUCCGUAAUGAAAUUUGUUUAACUAGAUUUUUAGUAAAUAUGCAUACAGCAUUCCAAGAUCGAGAAAGUCUCUACUUGGUAAUGGAUCUCAUGACUGGAGGAGACCUUAGAUUUCACAUUUGUAAAAACAGGAAGUUUAAUGAAGAAUAGACAAGUAAACAAACUAUUCGAUAUCACUAGAAUUUUUCAUCAUCUGUCUACUUCUAGCUCUGGAGUAUCUCCAUCAUAAUACAGUUAUACAUAGAGACAUUAAACCUGAAAAUUUAGUAUUCGAUAGAAAUGGUAAAUAUAUAAAAUUACCCUUAAAGGAUAUUUAAGAUUGACUGAUCUUGGCAUUGCAAGAAUUUGGAAGCCAGGAAAUGAUGGAGAUACUAGUGGAACACCUGGCUAUAUGGCUCCUGAAGUUAUGUGUAGAUAAGUUCAUGGAGUAGCAUCAGAUUAUUUUGCAGUUGGAGUAAUAGCUUAUGAAUGUAUGAUGGGAAAAGUAAAGUAUGUACUUAAAAUAGAGGCCAUAUCUGGGUAAAACUAGAAAGGAGAUAAGGGAUUAAAUUUUGUCUAAGCAAGUUACAAUUAAACCCAAUUAAAUACCAGAAGAUUGGUCUGAAGAGGCUGCGGACUUUAUUAAUCAAAUGAUUCAAAGAAAACCAGUAAAUAGAUUAGGAUUCUAUGGACCUGAUGAGGUUUUCGCUCAUCCUUGGUUUAAAAAUGUUGAUUGGGAUGCCUAUUUAACACAAUCAAAAUAAGCUCCUUAUAAAAUUAAUGUACUGAUAAGAUUUAAUUCAGUCGAAUUCCGAUAAUUUUGAUUACAAAUUUGCCAAUAUUAAAGAGCCCGAAGACGAAGCUUAGGCUAAACUGAAUGCUGAGCUUUUGAGAAGAGAUUCCAUCUAAGAAGCCUUCAAUGGAUACACAUAUAAAUCUUAAACUUCGUAAUAAACAAUACAAGACUAAACUAAUUCCAAACCAACAACUUCUAUGAGCCAGCAGAUCACUCCAACGAAAAAGAAACUACUUGAUUCUGAACCAUAAGUCGAAUUGAAAUCUUAAAAGAAAUAUCAUUUGGUUUCAACUCCUAGAUUCAAUAAAAAAUUAAAUUUUACUGCUGAUUAGCCUCUCACUGAAAGAGGACAAGGCAAAAAACAUUUUGAUUUUUGA